AUGAGUAACUACCAGGAAUAUAUUCCUAAUUUCUUUCCACGCCUGCGCGACCAGGCCCGACGACUGUCUGAGUCCUCCCCCUCUUUGAGCCCAUUCGUCCUGCCUCCGUUGCCGCAAGUCCCCGACUUCAGCGCAUGGACGGCGCGUUUCUGGAACAGCACCUCCCCACCGCCGUCGCUCAGUGAGGAAGACGGCUCGGUCGAACCCAGCGAGUCGACGGUCCAGGCGCUUGCGAGAACAAUACAGUUAUGGACGCACCAACUCAAUGCCGAUCCGUUUCCAUCGCCACCACUCGAAGCCAUUGCUGAACCGGCGUCGGCCGGGCUGGCUAUACAGCAAGACACUUCUAUGUCGGAGUUUCCACCUUUGGAUCCGUCUCCGGCACAGUAUACAGCACCACCGCAACUUCAGGACCUGAGAGCGAUAUCAGACACGAGCCUCAAUCCCGCACGACGACUACAACACCGAUCAAUAGUAUUCUCAGAUCAUACGAGAGGGCAUUCACAGUCGGAUCCCCUCGCAGCAGUCAAUGCUGGUCAUUUUCCCGAACCGCAGAAUGAUCAGUCCAACGCUGAUGUCUACAUGGAGGACGGCUACCCUAGAAGAAGAGAUGGCUCAGAUGCUCUGCCUGAAGACGACGGUAUGGGACCACUGAGACAGCGAAUCAAUGCUAUCUGGACCGGGCCGGGUACGCCGCUGGAAAAAUCCAAGCUCAUCCACAUCUUGAUGAACGAGCGAUACAAAGCUACACAGAGAAAUGCUGCUUCGUCCCGCCGUGGCACCGUUACAGGGUUUGGAUCACCAUUGGCCGUGAGCCAAGGACCAGCAUUUAACCUCAGCGAAUCUGACCUCACGCCAACGUAUGCGCCGCUCGACCAAGAAGAAAUAGACGAGCACCCCAACGAGGUGCCAGAACCUCAUUUGGGAUGCAUUCACUACCGCCGCAAUGUCAAAAUGCAGUGCGCUACUUGUGACAAAUGGUACACCUGUCGCCUCUGUCACGAUGAAGUCGAGAACCAUAUCUUACCACGCCGAGAGACCCGUCAUAUGCUGUGCAUGCUAUGCAAGUCACCUCAGCCAGUGUCGCAAGUGUGCAAGGUGUGUGCCGAGCAGGCAGCGUGCUACUACUGCCCAAUAUGCAAGCUGUGGAAUAACGACCCACAUAAAUCGAUCUACCAUUGUGACGACUGUGGUCUCUGCCGACUCGGUGAAGGCUUGGGCAAAGACUUCUUCCACUGCAAAACGUGCGCUGCUUGCAUGAGCAUUGAGGCCGAGAAAACACACAAAUGCAUCGAGCGAAGUACCAAGUGCGACUGUCCAAUAUGUGGCGAAUUCCUUUUCACGUCAAAUUUGCCAGUGGCGUUCAUGCGCUGCGGACACAGCAUACACAACAGCUGCUUCAAGGAGCUGUGUAACACAGCUUACAAAUGCCCAAUAUGCUCCAAGUCGAUCGCAAACAUGGAGUCACAAUUUCGUCGCCUCGACCGGUCUAUUGAAGAACAGCCAAUGCCGCCGGAGUACCGGGACAAGAAAGCGUACAUCUUUUGCAACGAUUGCAACAGUCGAUGUGUGGCCCCCUUCCACUGGCUUGGUACCAAGUGUGUCUUUUGCGACAGUUACAACACCGUCCAGCUUGAGAUGAUCGGCGAGGACCAGACCAUGCAGAUGCAGAUAGAACAAGAUCAGGCACUAGACCGCGUCAACGAUACCAAUAUGGGGGAACGGGCGAUCACAGCAAGCCAAAAUCACACCCCUACCGAGGACUUAACACCGGCGGCAUCUAUUCAGGAAGCACCACCAGCCGUUCCGAGGGCGCAAACAUUCAACACUAUCGCAACAUCACCUCCCGUACAGUCACCCUGGCUUAUGCCUCACUCACCAAGCUCAAGAUCGGUUCGGUCAGUCUCCCCAGUGGUAGGCAGCUAUUUUGACACUGGGAGCCAACGAUCCCCUACCCCCACAACUGCUAGUAGCGCAGUUAGCAUGGCUGCUGGUAUGGCGGCAGCUGCUGGUGCAGCGGGAGCUGAAUUUGCGCGCCGAAUCAGCACUGCUGGACGUGCCUCUCCAAUGGAAGAAGAUGAUGACCUGGACUUCUGGGGUGGUCAAAGUCCGAAGCAAGAAGAUUUCGUUUUGCCGAGUCGAGAAGCAGACGAGAGUAGCUCGUCCGAUAGCGAGGACGAAGACGAUCCUGAUGCAAUGGAGGAAGACGAUGACGACGACGACGACGAUGACGCGGAUGCCAUGGAUAUCCUUGGGCAUAGAUGA